AUGUUACUCUAUCAAAUACUUAUCUUUGGCUUUCUCUUACUUGUUUUUUCAUGUAAUGCUCUUCGAUGCACUACGAAUUGUUCGUUUACGUAUAACACCACAAAACCAUUCGCGAUACCUGACACAUGUAAUCAAGUUGUAUCAGCUGGAAAAUGUGAAGCAAGACUUGGUUUUAUGUACGAUUGGGGAGUUUAUUUCUUUGAUCUCAGUGCCAAUCUACAAACUACUAUAUUUAAUUCAAAUAAUCAACGUCGUGCCAGAUUGCAAUUACAUUUGCCUAAUACGGUUUACUUGUCUCACUUCGUCGACAUUUCAUGUAAAGAUAAAGAUGAUUGUGCCCGAGAUUUGGCGAUAAACGUGUCAGUCGAAAUGUCACAACGACAAUAUGAUUUUCCUAGAAUUAUGAGUGAACUUUCACCUUUAAUUUUAGGCCCAUCUCUAUCAUCGAGUAAUCUUGAACUUAAUUGUUACGAUUCAAAUCAAAAAGUACAUAGAUGUGGUACAUUAACAAAUCCUGGGUCUUGUAUUGUGGCGAAUGAUAUAACCAAAAAUAAAAUAUCUUCUUCAUGCAAGAUUGAUUCAUUUCAGCGUGAGAUAUCUAUAAGUAUGUAUCAAGAAAAAAAUUAUGCUACAUUUGAUGUUCGAUGUAAUCAAAAUUUAUGUAAUGGACAUGCAACACUAAAAGCUGUUAAACAAAUUUUGUUCAGGCACAAUAUCACGCAAACACCAGACGGACGAUUGAAUGGUGCAAGUUUCCGCGUAUCUAUUUUACUCAUGAUAAUUAUGCUUUUUGGUCUGCUUUCUAAUCGAUGA